CGCCGAAUCCCCGGAUGCUCUCCUCCCCUCGCCCCGCCCCCGCGCGGUCCCGCCCCCGCGCGGCUCAGCGUGACACGUCACCGCUUGCGGCGCUUCCGGAGGCGCAGCCGGCGAUGACGUCGAGGGACGUGCCCUCUAUAUGAGGUUGGGGAGCGGCUGAGUCGGCCUUUUCCGCCCGCUCCCCCCUCCCCCCGAGCGCCGCUCCGGCUCCACCGCGCUCGCUCCCAGCUCCGGGCUCCUGCUAAGCUAGCGCCGCCGUCGUCUCCCGCCAGCCACCAUCAUGAUCAUCUACCGGGACCUCAUCAGCCACGAUGAGAUGUUCUCCGACAUUUACAAGAUCCGAGAGAUCGCGGACGGCCUGUGCCUGGAGGUGGAGGGGAAGAUGGUCAGUAGGACAGAGGGUAACAUUGAUGACUCGCUCAUUGGUGGAAAUGCUUCCGCUGAAGGCCCUGAGGGCGAAGGUACCGAAAGCACAGUAGUAACUGGUGUUGAUAUCGUCAUGAACCACCAUUUGCAGGAAACCAGUUUCACAAAAGAAGCCUACAAGAAGUACAUCAAAGAUUACAUGAAGUCAAUCAAAGGCAAACUUGAAGAACAGAGACCAGAAAGAGUAAAACCUUUUAUGACAGGGGCUGCAGAACAAAUCAAACACAUCCUUGCUAAUUUCAAAAACUACCAGUUCUUUAUUGGUGAAAACAUGAAUCCAGAUGGCAUGGUUGCUCUACUGGACUACCGUGAGGAUGGUGUGACCCCAUAUAUGAUUUUCUUUAAGGAUGGUUUAGAAAUGGAAAAAUGUUAACAAAUUUGGCAAUUACUUUGGAUCUAUCACCUGUCAUCAUAACUGGCUGCUGCUUGUCACCCACACAACACCAGGACUUAAAACAAAUGGGACUGAUGUCAUCUUGAGCUCUUCAUUUAUUUUCACCGUGAUUUAUUUGGAGUGGAGGCAUUGUUUUUAAGGAAAAAAAAAACCAUGUCAUGUAGGUUGUCUAAAAAUAAAAUGCAUUUAAACUCA